AUGGAUCUGUACCAAUGUACACGUUUAUCAUAUGGUUGUGCUUCUGUGCAGAAUGAAAGCUCCAGCAGGCAUCCCUUUGGUGCCAUUGUAGGCCGGGUAGCCAACAGAAUUAAGAUUGCACAGUUCACCCUUGAUGGGAAGACAUAUCAUUUGUCUGUCAAUAGUGGAAAGAAUUCAAUUCAUGGAAAGAGAGGUUUUGACAAUGUGUUGUGGGAAGUGAAGGAAAUCAAGGGUGGAAGCAAACCAUCUAUUAAGUUUGCAUAUCACAGCGUCGAUGGUGAAGAAGGAUAUCCUGGUAAUCUAGAUGUAUUUGCCACAUAUACUAUAAGCAAUGAUAUGGAGUUGACACUAGAGAUGGAGGCAAUCCCAAGGAACAAAGCUACUCCUGUAAGCCUGAUCAAUCAUGAUUUCUGGAACCUUGCAGGCCAUGACAGUGGAAGGGACAUACUUGACCAUUCUGUCAAAAUAUGGGCCUCACAGUAUCUUCCCACAGACAAGGCUCUGAUUCCUACAGGACAGAUCUCGCCUGUAAACGGAACUCCUUUGGGCUUAACAAAGGAGACUGUUAUCAAAAACAUAAUUAAUAAGGUCAACUCAAGCAAUAAGGGUAAUCCUGGGUUUGAUAACAAUUAUGUUCUUGACAGUUCCAAGUCAAUGAACGGGCUAAGAGUUGCUGCAAGAGCCAAGGAUCCAUGGAGUUCAAGAGUGCUUGAAGUGUGGACAAGUGCACCGGGCAUGCAGUUCUACACUAGCAAUAAUCUCAAGAACAUAGUGGGCACUGGGCAAAGGAGGUGCCAUAUGCAAGUCACAUUCUGCAUUCUGCUUUGAGACUCAAGCAUUUCCUAAUUCUGUAAAUGAGCCAAAAAUUCCAUCUGUGAUUGUGCGUCCAGGUCAGGUCUACAAGCACACCAUGGUGAUCAAAUUGUCAGUUGAUCGGUAGUCAGCAAUAAGGCUUUGUUUCAUGGCCUGACAAUCAAAGGGCGUAAAAUCCCCACAGACAAAUAGAAUUGCUUUAAUGGGUAGUACUGAAUAGAGAAAGAUGGUUAAUUGGUGGUCUCAGUUUCUUUGAAUUAGUGGUGAUGAUUUACGUGUUAAGCUUGUUGAGCUCCAACGCAAUGGCCAGUCAUUCGAAGAAAACGAUGGGCUAAAGAACAACCAGCACAUGCAAUUAAGUUUUUGCAUUUGUCUGCUGUGAAAUCUAUAUUUCUAAGAUAAAAAAGCAAAGACUUUCAACUAGGGUUAUAUUAAUGGA